AUGAAAUCUGUAGAGGUUUCGGGAUACACAGUCGGUCACAAUGCUCCACAAAAAAAUAAUUCUAUGAGUGAUCGUACCUUACCUACGGGCGCUGUGGACGUCGACGAUCCAAAAUUAUACCAUAGAAAUAAAUUAUUAUCGUCCAAAUACGAAGGUGAAGUAAAUUCUCACUUAUCAAGUGAAAAUAAUUUCUUUCCAAUAAUCCAUUCGACACAUAGUCAUCGACAUUCGCGUCAUCAUGAAUUAAAUCCAUUUCAACGUAUAUAUGCAAAAUUUCCGGCUAAUCAAAAUCUACCACCGAUUAAUGAUUUUUACACAUCGUCGUUGAAUACUUCGUUUUCGCAUAGACAUCAUCAUUCUCCUCACAUCCAUUCUCAUUCUCGUCAUCGUCACAAUCAUUUUCAUCAUCAUAAUCAUGAUCAAUAUGCAUACGAUCCUAGAUGGUGGUAUUUACCGGUAGGUAGUGUUCAUGGACCAAGACAACAAUUUCACCACGUUUCGGAACAACCUUCUUUUGUUAAUCCGAAAUGGUACGAAGCAACUAGGACUCGUAAUGAUAGAACUGAUAGUAAUGGUUAUCAUCACGCACCCGUUAGGGAAGCCGAUUGUCGGUGUUUGGUUUGUCUUCGUGAAAAUAGGAUGUUAAGAGAUAGUUCGAAGUGGACGGUUCAAUAG